AUGGACACCCGCUCAACUACCCGGUCCAGCCUGAAUAUCCCCCCGGAGAUAAAGCUCAGAAUAGCGGGAUAUCUCGACCUACCAUCUGCUUCUACAAUCUUGACCUCCCAAGCGGAUGGAAUUCCGUAUGACGGCGAUGGACUGAGUCUACAGCUCGUCGCACUCCUCGUUCGCGUCGCUCCCCGCCUCCUCCACCUGGUCAUCAUCCCCCUUCCCACUGCGCACCGCUGGAGCCCGUCCGAGUCUCGCGAGCUCGGUCACAGCGCCUUUUUCGAUGCGUUCGACGCGGAACGGAUCCAGUUCCCGGUACUCCAUCACGUCAAGUACGCGUUCGCGCAGAACGCCCGCGGACCCCUCGGGGGAUGGAUGGAGGGGAUGACGUCCAUCCAGGAAUUAGAAGCGUGUACUAUCGAGCUGUCCAAGGAAACCGACAUUCACGACCCCAAGCCCGGAUUCUCGUUCCCCAACCUCCGCCGUCUCGCCAUGACGCGCCUGGAUGCCGACCGGGACUCGCGCAGUCUCGAUAUGAUGGCUAUCCUACUGGAUAGCUCACCCAAUGUCGAGACGCUGCGGAUCGACGGGACGUGGCGGCCACGCCUGACCGGCGUGGGGCAGCUCAAGGCGAUCGGCAGGGCCAAGGCGCUGAAUACGAUUGCGGUAUCGCGGGAAGAGGAGGACGAUGGGGAGCUGGGCGGGAUUGCCUUUAGGCAGUUCGACCAGGUGCCAUUGGGAAUGGAGCAGGCGGCGGUCGAGGUGGCGAUAGACGAGGCGAAUGAGCUGGAUCUGGACUACAUCAACAUGCCCCACAUGUCCCGCCUUGUCAACCUGACCAUCCUCACUCCGCCGCGACGGACCUCCCUCGAGUACACUCGCAUGCCCAUCGGGACCGCCCUCGGUCCCUCCAGCGCCAUCUCGUCCCGCCUUGUGUCCCAUCUCGCCCGUACCCCACUCCUCACCGUCAUCCUCUUUCGCUUCCUGGAGGACGCCUUUCCCUGCGUAUACGAUCCAGACUUUAUCACACUCCAGUAUGCGGUCCCUCCCUGUCUUUGGGAGUAA